CCCAGCCCGGGUGGGGGCGCGUCCUGGGGGAUGGGGGGCGCAGCCCUCCUGCUCCUGCUCGCGGUGGCCGCGGCCCCGAGGGAGACCCGGGCGGGCCCCCACUCCCUGAGGUUUUUCUCCACCGCGAUGUCCCGGCCCGGCCUCGGGGAGCCCCGCUUCAUCUCGGUGGGCUACGUGGACGACACGCAGGUCGGGCGGUUAGACAGCGACUCUCCGGGCCAGAGCGCGGAGCCGCUGGCGCCCUGGGCGGGGCAGGUGGAGCAGGAGAAGCAGGAGGAGUGGGAGGAGGAGACGCGGAUCCUAAGGGACAGCGCACAGUGGUUCCGAGCGCAGCUGGACUCCCUGCGCGGCCUCUACAACCAGAGCGAGACCGGCUCUCACACCUUCCAGAACAUGUACGGCUGCGACAUGGGGCCCGACGGGCGCCUCCUCGGCUGGUAUGAGCAGUUCGCCUACGAUGGCACCGAUUUCCUGGCCCUAAACCCGGACCUGCGCUCCUGGACUGCAGCGGACACGGCCGCUCAGAUCACCCUGCGCGAGUGGGAGGCCCGGGGUGAGGCAGAGAGAUUCAGGAACUUUGUGGAGGGCAGGUGCUUGAGGUGGCUGCGCACAUGCCUGGAGUACGGGAAGGAGACUCUGCAGCGCACGGAUCCCCCAAAGACACGCAUGACCCACCACCCCUACAAUGACCAUGAGGUCACCCUGAGGUGCUGGGCACUGGGCUUCUACCCUGCGGAUAUCACCCUAACCUGGCAGCGAGAUGGGGAGGACCUGACCCAGGAGAUGGAGCUGGUGGAGACCAGGCCUGGGGGAGAUGGAACCUUCCAGAAGUGGGUGGCUGUGGUGGUGCCUUCUGGAGAGGAGCAGAGAUACACAUGCCACGUGCAGCAUGAGGGACUGCUGGAGCCCCAAGUCCUGAGAUGGGUGCCCCCUCAGUCCUUCAUGCCCACCGCAGGCAUCAUUGCUGGCCUGGUUCUCCUUGGAGCUGUUCUCACUGGAGCUGCAGUGGCUGCAGCUGUGAUGUGGAGGAAGAAACCCUCAGGAGGACAAGGAGGAAUCUACACUCAAGCUGCAGGUGUGUUUUGUUCUCAACCCGGCAGCAGCAGUGCCCAGGGCUCUGAUGUGUCUCUCAGCCCCUAAGAAUCUUUUACAAUGAACCUGAUGAGAUUCCUGUUCUGCACACCCUGGACAGCACCUGGUAUUGUUCAGCAUUUGCAUUUUCAGUCUCUCCUAGGUGUGAUGGUAUCACUGUUGUUCUUAACUAUGAUAUUGAGCAUCUGUUCAUAUUUUUACUUUUCUAUGACUAAAGUUGCUGUUUGUAAGGAAAUUUUGUACAUUUUUACAGAUGAGGUGCCAUUCAUUUAUUACAUUAUUUUUGUCCUUAUUAAAAUUGGGUUAUUUCUUUCUGAUCAGUGAGUUUUAGGCAUUAUUUGUAGAUACAGUCCUUUAUCAGAUUUGUGAUUUGCAAAUGUUUCCCCCCACUCUCUGACCUGAAAUCCUUUACUGAUGGGAAAACAAACACUAUUGCCCAGACAGGCGCAUGGAGAUAUAUUAGAAGAGAAAAGAUAAAUUGCUAACUGGUUUUGAGCAGACAUUGGCUGACUGGGGUCUUGGGGAUGGAGGGGAAUGACUUAUGUUUAUCCUUGAGUGUUGUUUAAAUGUCCUUGUAUGAGCAUGAAAUAUGCUUUCUAAAGUAAAUUACACUUUAUUCCUCAAUUUAUAAAACUCUUCAUACAUCAUGUCUAAAUCACAUGUUAAGACCAGACUGACACGUUAAUUACAAGUGAUGGACCUGCAUGUCACAGUCACAAAGUCAUGAUUUCUCUCAGGGUUCACUCUGGUGUUGUCCAUUCUCAGGGUGUUGGACAAAUGUAUAAUGACCUGUGUCCACCAUGAGAAUAUCAUGCAGAGUAUUUUCACUGCCCAUAAUGCCUUCUGUGCUCCAAGGAAGCAAAAGCAAAAAGAAACCAAUAGAAUCACAUCAGACUAAAAAGCUUCCACAUAGUGAAGGAAACUAGCAUUAAAAUGACAGGACAAUAUCAAAUCGGAGAAACUAUUUGCACAUCAUCAAUCCAACAAGGAGUUAAUAUCCAAAAUCUACAAAGAACUCCAAAACAAGAAACAACUCAAAACGGGCAGAGGAGCUAAAUAGGUACUUUUUCUAAAGAAGACACACAUGUGGCCAAUAGGUACAUGGAUAAAUGCUGGUCAUGUGCGGUCAGGAAAAUGCCAAUUGAAACCAUAAUGACUUACCACCUCACACUGUGAGAAUGGCCCAUUGAAGGGUGUGGAAGAAAAGGAACUCUGGCACAUGGUGGGUGGGAAUGAUGUCUGAUCCUGUUAGUGGGCAGAAUGAGGGGUUCCCUGGACCCUGAAAACCGCACACUCUAUAUGGGAUCUGCCAACAGCUGUAUAAAGACAAAACAUACUCUAAAGCAUAAGACCUUCAAUGGAAAAGAACUUUAAUAUAAUUACUAUAAAAUAGAGAAUCAGUGCAGUAGAGAGAGAGAAGAGAAAGAAUAUAGUUAGAA